CAUAGAUCUCCUCGUAGUGGCCAUGUGGAUCUGGCUGAUUGGUCUUCUCAUCGCGUUUCUCCUAUGGUGGCAGCCUUCCAUCGUGCGGCGCAUCACUACUGCAGGCCACGAGUGGUGGGAGAUCUACCUGCGACGCUUGAUGUUCCAAAGCGCUUGCAGCGAAGCCCGUGAUGAUCCUGACAGCGGUCUUCGCUUGUACCAGCUGGACGAGAACGACGUCGCACGGACCAUUCAGUGCCUUCACAAGAUGUUAAAAGAGGUGCCGGACAUGAAGACACUCCAGCUGAGCCUUUCAGACUUGAGCACCGAAGCCUUCCUCAAAAUCUGGGCUGAAACGCAGCAUCUGCUGAAAUGGAGUUUCCAUGGCUGCAGACUGGGAUACGAUCAAUGGUCGGAGGACAAAAACCUGGCAUUGCAACCUCUGAGACGUGGCCGAGUGCGCGUGUUGCACGCCAUAGACUGCCACAUCACAGCUCCGCAACUCCACCAUGUGGCUCAGGAUUUUGGAAGGCCUCAGAUGACAGCCGUGGAGAUGACGAAGAAGGUCAACCGGGCGGUACCAGAUCUGUCGCUGGCCUGGAAUUUGAUGGCCUUGAACCUCUCCAUGAAUCCGUUGGUAGGUGCCGGGCGUUCCUUAGGGACCUUGAUGCGGAGCCUUCCGACGCUCACGGCACUGGUGUUGAUGCAAUGUGAGUUGACAUUGGAGGACAUAGAGCAAAUUGCCAAAGCUUUGCCUCGCAGCAGUUUGUACUACUUGGAAUUGGCGCAAAAUGCCUUAGGCUCCAAAGGCUUGUUAGCCAUUGCCAGGACCUUAGCCGGCUCCAAGCUCCAAAGUCUGGGCCUGGAAAGGAAUGAAAUUGAAGCCGGUGACGCACUGAACGAGUUGAAAUUGGCUCAUGACAAGAGACCUUUCUCAAAUUUGAAACUGAACCACAAUCACCUGAGCCCCAACGAUUUGAAGGCGUUUGAAGAUUCGCUAAAGAAGGUGACCAGUGACUUUUGCCCUCCCGGCUGCAGGUGUUUCGAGGGACGGGGCGAAGUGAUGUGAGCGAAUGGAGCUGAGUGAAGCUGAAGGCUGAAGGCAUCAGCGGUUAAAUUGGUUGCUGACAUUACCAAAG